ACCAGCUGUGGCUAACGAUUAGCUUCUGUCAACUUGUCCAUUCUUGCUCUCUGAAAGCCGCAGAUACAUGCAAGAUGGCUUCAUUUGGAUGGAAGAGGAAAGCUGGUGAAAAGGUGUCAAAGUCAGCGGUGAAGCAGUUUGAGGCCGAGGCAGAGAAGCCUGAGGAUAAAGGACCGAGUCAGGAUGAGGACGUGGACUGGCUGCACGCUAUCAAACGACGGCGGGAGAUCCUGCUGGAGGACUGCGCUGCAAAAAGCAAGAGGCUGAAGGAGGAGGGCGCACUGCUGGCUGAGAAUGGCAGGCACUGGGAGGCCAUUAAGAAGUGGGACGAGGCCAUUCAGCUGACUCCAGACAACCCAGAGCUGUAUGAGAUGAAGUCUCAGGUGCUGACCAUUCUGCAGGAAGUGUUCCCAGCUGUGAAAGCAGCAGAGAUGGCCGUGAAGUUCCGCCCUUUGUGGUGGGAGGGCUGGCAGACUCUGGGUCGGGCACAGCUCAACCUGGGAGAGGUGGAACUGGCUGUCAGGUCCUUCCAGAUUGCCAUCCACCUGUGCCCAUCAGAGCGCACUCUGUGGCAGGAAGACCUGACUUGGGCCUGGAGGUUACAGAAGCAGCAAUUAGCAACCAAGGAGAAGAUUCGGCAAGAAGAGGAGACCAAAAAACAGAUUCUUAAUGCACCUGAACUCAACCAGGACUAUGACUUUGAGUCGGACGAAGUGCUGGCCGCCUGCGUGGCCGUCGCUGAGCGGCAGACACGAUACGAGGAGUUGAAGAGGACCGCCGUGGUCCUGGACGCUGAGGGGAAUGUUAAAAACGUACUGGCUGGGGAAGAGGGAUCAGAGGACACAGCGACGCCAUCAACGGAACAGUUUGUCAAAGCAAGAGGACUUUGAACUGGUCUCAACUUAUUGUCCUGGAUCCAUUUGUAAAAUAUGAAUGUUGUUAUUAUUUAUGAAACCACAGUGGUGUAACGAUGUUGUGCUCUAGCUUCACACACUUAGAGGCAAAGAUGAAAACUGAUUCUCGUGAGCGUUUAUACGUAACAAAUCAAAAGACAAUCGAGUUUUGUUCCUUUCCAUUUUUCAUCCCUUUUAAUGUUAAUCGUUGUAAAUGUGCACGUUCAUCCGUUCUGAGUCAUGAGACUGGUUCCAGAAAGUCAAGAAAACAGAGUCAUGCUUCAGUCAGUCAGAGUCUGUCGCUCACUCAGCACUCUUAGUCAGGAUGCAUCCAGAUACGAAUACAAAGCUUCAACAGCUUCUAUUGCUGUUUCAUCUCAAUGUGGACGUAUUCACAUGAGUGUAUUUUUUUGGAAUAGCACUUUCAGACAGUAGCUCAUGUACCGAAUCAGAUUUUUUGACGGCUUCUUGAUGUGUGAUUGUAAAAAGUAGACUCAGUUACAUAAAAAAAUAUGUCUUAGAAAAAUGAGAAUUUGUGUUUGAGUGGGUGAUGCGUGUAAAACGUUUGUGAAACAUGUCGCUGAAAGAGAGCAUGCACGCUCAGCAAUUCGUCAACGAGUGAAUAAACAUGACUCAAAAGUUGUGAUAGUU